CUUCAACUCAGAGAGCUAUGGACAACAAUAACCAGUCCUUGCGUAAAGCUCCAGCUCGCUCCUUUCUCUUUAGAGCUGUUGAGUUUUUCGUCGGGGACAUGCAUCCCUGCAGAGAAUGGGUGAAAAGACAGGCUGUAGUAAUCCAGCUGCUGGACUGGGUUUUUCGAGGGGUGGCCCAGGUCAUGUUUGUCAACAACCCUCUCAGUGGGUUUCUCAUCAUGGCUGGCCUCUUUCUCCAGAACCCUUGGUGGGCUCUGAACGGUCUGCUGGGUACCCUUGUAUCCACUGUGUCUGCAAUCUUACUGGGACAAAACAGGGAAGCUGCAUCAGCGGGUUUAUAUGGCUACAAUGGAACCUUGGUGGGUAUACUGAUGGCUGUUUUCUCUGCCAAAGGAAGCUGGUACUGGUGGCUGUUAUUGCCAAAUGUGUUCAUGUCCAUGUUGUGCCCAGUGGUCUCCGGUGCUUUGUCCUCAGUUGCCAGCAAAUGGGACCUCCCCAUAUUCACCCUGCCCUUUAAUAUUUUGGUGUGUCUGCAUGUUGCAGCUAUGGGAGCCAAUCACUCCUACUUUCCAGAGGUGGAUAUCCAGCCAAACUACCAUCUGCCCCCUCCUAAUGAUUCCAUCAAAAGCCUCAAUAUCUCUCAGUUAUUCCUGUCAGUGCCAGUUGGUGUUGGCCAGGUGUACGGCUGUGACAGUCCUUGGACAGGAGGUCUCAUCCUUCUGGCCCUGCUGCUUUCCUCACCAACUAUCUGUUAUCAUGCCAUGUUGGGCUCUGCUGCUGGCAUGCUGUCUGGACUUGCUCUGGCAGCUCCUCACAAGGAUAUUUACUCAGGGCUGUGGGGAUAUAACAGUGCCCUAUCCUGCAUUGCCGUUGGAGGGGUCUUCUAUGUCAUAACAUGGCAAACCCAUCUACUGGCUCUAAUAUGUGCAAUCUCCAAACUGAUGUCUGUGCUUGCAUUACCAGCCUGCACGUGGCCUUUCUGCCUGUCGACUCUCAUCUUCCUCCUCAUUUCCUCUGAGAUCCCAGCCAUCUGCAGACUGCCUCUGUCUGUGGUCUCCUACCCCGAGGAGAAUCGACGCUACCAGAGACAAUUACAGGCCUCAAAGAAAGCUCAGCACAGUCAGCAGAGCAGCCGCCAAGAAGAAGAGGCCCAGCUGAAGGAGAAUGGAGGUCCAAAUGUCCAGUUUGUGGUGGAGAGGGGCUGUAGUGAAUCUGUAUGAUUAGAGUGGAUGCUCUUUUGUUCUGACUUUUACCUCUAUGAGUGUUAAAUUGUUGGAAAUAUAGGAACAGUAUGGUAAUGUACAGUUUUGGUAUUUCCUCUCUUACAUAACAAUUUUUGUUAUAUAAAAUUGCUGGCAUUGGAGUGAGACAUGUUUUCUUAAUGGCAUUUUUUUUCUCUUAUGCAAUGCAGCUAUUCUACACAGCAGAGGGCAGCACUUUCCAAGGAAAGAUAGAACCGAUGUUGUUGCAUGUGACUCUAAUAAUACUGAGGAAAAAUACUGAGCACAUUUGAAUGUAGGAAUGCAAUUAUGUAUACCAAUUUUGUAAUAUACAUUAUGUGAAAUGUAACCUUGUGUUCCUUUUUCUCCAGUCUCAAAAGCACAG